AAAUGAUUAUCCUUGUUUGCUUGCCUUGCCAAUCGUUGGUUUCCAAAAUCAAAAGAACCAAAAAAAAAAAAAAAAAUCAUGGCGAGACUCUUCGUCUCUAUCCCUAUGCAACCCAAACAAACGGCCUUCUCGGCGUUUUCUCAGCCGUUAUUUCCGCCGCCGGCUAAAAAUUUUCUCGAUGGAUGUGGCGAUGGAGUAGGCGGAGCCGGGGGAUUAUGUCUUACACGGAGAAUCAAAGACUGUUCCGUCGUGGCGCGAGCAGGGCCAAGUACGAGUAGCUACUUGCUUGCGUUCGCCAUUCCCGCUACUCUUAUCGCCGCCACCGUCUUCACUUCUAUCAAAAUCGCUGAUAAGCUCGACGAAGAUUUCCUUGAAGAUAUUGCGUUGAACCAAGCGAUAAAAGCAGCAGAAGAUGGAGAAAAUGCUAAAGGUGAAACCUCACUGGAUGAUUUGAUUAAAGAACCCGUGCUUCAACGAACUCGUAAACGGCCUAAACGUGAAGUUUAAAUAAACACAUAAAUAUGAAAACUUCUUCUUAAAGAGAUUCUUCCAAGAUCCGAUGACUGUGUACUAUGUUGUGUUUGUAUAAGGAUGUAAGCUUGUUGUAGCCUUCCUGGUCCCAUUUAUAGUUGUAGUUACUGAAAAUUACAAUACCAUUUGAUCAUAUUUAUGAAAAAAAAAAAGCAAUUGCCUUA